AUCCUCUUUGUGCUAUUGUUUUCUUCUGUAUGUAAAUUUCCGCAGUACGUUGCUUUGUUAAACGCGUUUCUAUUAGUAUAUGCUGUGUCGAAGGUGUAUCCCUUGGCUGGUUGCUCAAAAAAUUGAAUGCGUAACCCCAAAUUUAUCCGAUGGACAAUUUGGAGAUGAAAGAACAGUUAGCGAAACCUGGACGUCAGUAAACGUGGGAUGGAAAAUGGGGAUAAAAUCGGAAUUUCAAAGAUCAUUUCAUUUAGAUUGCUAACGAACAGGAGACAGGAAGUAGAAUCAAUUGUUAGAAGUAUUUUCACGAUUCUCUUCUCUUCUAUUACUUUAUUCCUUGGUUUUAAGUUUUCUUCACAAGAUUUAACUCAGUCUCAUAUUUCGAUGUCCCUCGUAUCGUUCGCUAAAAUACCUCCUCCUUCGUUAUAGAAGUUUAAGGACAAUGAAUACGUACGGAAUUUUGUCUGAAUACGCAAAUCAGUACCUUAUCGAUACUCUGGAGACAGUAGUCUCGUACUUGGCCAUGAUUGGCUCUCCGCAUUAUUGUGACUGUUUGUACAAUCGGACAGCCAAUACAUCUGUCACUAUGACACAUGAUCUUCUUGUCGUAUCCUUUUAUGUGACGUAAUUUAGUGAAAUCCUUAACGUUGAGAUGUCAAAAUUUUCCUAAGAGAAUUUACAAGAGCGCUGUUCCUUUUCGGGGGUAGAAUUACCGAAUAUCUAUAUAAGUGUCACUACUCCCGUGCGGGUCUUUUCUUUCACCAAUCUUCAAGCUUCAACCUUGACCGCUUUUUCCAAAUUCUUUUGAGGUCUUGAAACAGUAGCGGACACACAAAAGAAUAGAUAAUAUUUUAAUAAUUCUUUUGGGUCAUUUUUCCCACUGUUUUUUAGGCGGUUCCCUUAUUCACUGAGCGACAGCCUUGCUGUGGUUGGAAAAGGCUGAUAGAAACUCACUUCUACUAGCUGUACUUUGCAAGUUUCCUAAAGUGGUUACGAAAAAGUACCCAAAAUAUCUAUACUCUCUUUUCGAUAGAGAUAUCACAUUCUUUUUCUUCCGUUGAAGAUUGUGAAUCGGUUUUUAUCUUUAUUACACACUUCUUUUAUUAAGGUCGUGUAGUUCUCUGUAGGUAAUCUUUCUGUUAUUUUGCGUUCUAUUCUUACGGGUUUGGCGUUAUUUUUUUUCUCUUUUCAGUUAUCUCGUUCUAUCUAUUGGUAUAAAGAUUUUAAAUUCUGUUCAAGAUGUCGCUACUAAACUUUAAACGUGGUAAGAUUUUUACCAUGAUCAUGUUGAUCUUCGUCUCCAUGGCCGGAUGGAUGUUUGGUGCUGAUACCGGUUCCAUUGGUGGUGUCACUAGUAUGAGAGACUUUCAAACCCGUUUUGCGGAUCGUUAUAACCCCAUUACGGAUUCAUAUGCUUAUUCAUCUUGGCGUCAAGGUCUUUUGAUUGGUAUUGUCAAUACAGGUGCUUUGACUGGUUGUAUCAUGUCUUCCCCUAUUGCUGAUCGUUGGGGUAAGCGGGCUUCUAUUAUCGGCUGGACUUGCGUCUACAUCAUUGGUAUUAUUAUUCAAGUUACUACUACUCCUUCUUGGAUUCAGAUGAUAGUAGCUAAAAUCUGGACUGGUCUUGGUAUUGGUGCCCUUUCAGUAUUGGCUCCCGGUUACCAAUCCGAAGUUGCUCCUCCGUCUAUUCGUGGUACUGUUGUCGUCACAUAUCAACUAUUCGUCACUGGUGGUAUUUUCAUUGCUGCUUGUAUUAACAUGGGUACCCACAAGCUUCAAAAGACUGCUCAGUGGAGAGUCUCCAUUGGUAUCAACUUACUUUGGGGUAUCAUUACAUUUAUUGGUAUUAUUUUCUUGCCUGAAUCUCCUCGUUACCUUAUUCAGGUUGGUAAAGAUGAUGAAGCUAUUCGUGUCCUUUCCGAAAGUCAGGAAGUCCCUGCCGACAAUGAAGAAAUCCAAGAAGAGUAUGGACGUCUUAAAAAGUCCAUUGACGAGGAGUUUGCUGGUGGUCCUUGUUCUUGGGCCAGUAUUUUCGGUAAGAACAUUCGCUAUCGUACAUUUUUGGGUAUUUUUGUCAUGUCUCUCCAACAACUUAGUGGUAACAACUACUUCUUCUACUAUGGUUUCCAAGUUGCUGAAGGAGCUGGUAUCAACUCUCCUUAUCUUUCUGCUUUGAUUCUUGAUGCCUGUAACUUUGGUUGUACAUUUGGUGGUAUGGUCGUUCUUGAGUACUUUGGUCGUCGUAACCCCCUGGUUAUUGGUGGUUUGUGGCAGUCCAUGUGGUUCUGGAUCUAUGGUGCCGUUGGUAGCCGUGCUCUUUACCACAAAGACGGAACUUCCAACACCCGUGCUGGUGCAGUUAUGCUUGUUGCUGCUUGUCUUUUCAUUUUCGGUUUCGCUCAAACUUGGGCCCCUGCUGCCUACGUCAUUGUCGGUGAAUCUUACCCUGUCCGUUAUCGCUCCAAGUGUGCUGCUUUAGCUACCUCUUCUAACUGGCUUUGGAACUUUUUAAUUUCUUUCUUUACUCCAUUUAUCCAGAACGCCAUUGGUUUCAAGUACGGUUACUGCUUUGCUGCCUGCAACUUGACUGGAGCUAUUGUUAUUUUCCUAUUCGCCAAGGAGACCAAGGGUCUUAGCUUGGAAGAAAUCAACGAGUUGUAUAUGUCUGAUAUUAAGCCCUGGCAAUCCACUAAUUUCAAGCUUAAUUAUAAAGAACAAAAGAAGGCCGACCGCGAGAAUCGCGAAAAGAGCCGUGGAACUCGUGGUGAGUCCGUUGAGUAUGUUGAGCGUGCCUCAAAUACCGGAUCCUCUCCUCAAUACUCUUCUCAUGAAGAAGACUAUGCAUAAGCUAUAUCAAUUUGAAAAAAGUGUGUACUUAUUCCGCUGAAAUUAUACUAUACAUCGGUUUUGGAACUGAUAUGAUUCAAAGCCUGUAUUUUGAAGGAUAGAUCUGUUUGUAGGAAAAGGUUAUCAUGUUUAGGAUCGUUUCUUCAAUUUAUAGACACAAACGAUUCAGUUAUUUGUUGCGUUUAUUGGCGUGGUUUUAUUUCUGUUAAGAUGAGGUCUAAUGCAUUGGUGUUUAAAUGUUGAAUUAAAAAAAUAAUUUUAUCCAGUUUUUUAAUCAUGUUUGCCAGAUAUAAGAUUUGUUUGUAUAUAGA